AUUAUAUCUGGGGAGGUGCGCACCCGAUCCGCUUGCGGCUUGCGGGGCCGCGCAUGUGCGCUGAUGCUUCGUGUGUGCAGCAUUGUGCAUUGAGUACGCCCACAAACAUGCGCUGACUAAAUUUAUCUGAAUGCAAAGGGGGAACACGUGUUAAGAUAUGCAGGAAUCGGCUCUUUUUGAUGCGGUUACAACAGGCGAUGAAUUAUCUGUUCGCCGGCUCUUAGACGAUAAUGCUCCAUUCACCAGCACCUGCGAUGGCGGAAACUACCUUCAUCUUCUGGCUAAGCAAACUUUCACCAUAUUGUCACCGGAAGACAGCGCUUCGAGGCAGAAACGACGGCGCAAUAUCAUAUAUAUGCUGUGCGAUGAAGGGCUAAGCCCCAAUCUUCGCGACGCGAUGGGCAGAACUCCUAUGCAUUAUGCCGUCCAGAAUUCCGAUCCACACCUUCUCAAGACAUUACUUCAGUGUUUUCCAAAUCCUCCGGAUGACAUUUGUGCUGCUGUGGUGCCCACUUUGUUGCAAGAAGUGCUUAAUAAUUUUAAGCCUGGACUCUGCAGUGCUAUUCAACAGCAUUGUAUAACAGAUGUACGUAGAAUAGUAAACAUGUGGUGCCGCACUGAUGCCUUCACGAAUGGCUGUAAUCUUAAGGAACUUGCUCUGGAAUCUGGGCAUGAAGAAAUCAUAAGCUUGAUACUUGGGGUCGAGCCAUCAAUGCGCCUAGUCCAUCAUGUCCUUGCAAGAAAAGUUGAGAAAGUAAGAGAGCUCCUGUCUAUGGAACGGGCAAGUUUGAACCUGGAUCUUCGAAAUAUGAGUGACCGUGGUGCUCCAAUCCUCUUCUACGCCAUUGCUAAUAAAGAUGUAGACAUUGUGAGGCUUCUUGUGUCAGCAGGCUGCCACAUCUUCACACUUAUGCGUGAUGCAGACAAUCAGGAGAUACCCGUUCUAUUCUCUGCUCUUACCAUGGAUAUGAGCCCUGAAUUGGCCAAUGCAUUGAUGCCAAAAGAUUUGCCAAGUCAGCAGCAAGUCAUCAGAAGACUUUUGUACAAAAGCAGGACAAUCUUGGAAGUUGCUCUUGAGAAUAGAAUACCGCCAGCGACAUUUGAAAUCCUUAUAUAUCGUGGAGGUGCUGAGCUGCUGGCUGGAAGAAACAAGGACAACAAGACAGUGAGAGACAUUGCUCAGCAUGCUGCACAGCAUGAAUAUGUCAAAGCAGUUGAUAACGUUGUUAGGGAAUGGGUGAAAGAUCCCACAAGUUACCCAGAUCAGAGACAGGUACUAGCCUUAUGUGGGUACGACCACAUUACAGACCUUUUUUCCAGAGACUCCUUCAUGCAGUUGACACAUGAUACUGUAGAGUACCUGGAAGGUGUUGCGGAUCAUCAGGAACAGAUUGCCGAGCUUUCAAGAGCUGUUGAGGAUGGAAACUAUGAAAGAUUUGAAGAAUUAAGAACAUACAGUUCUGCAGUGUUCAGAAGAAAUAUAUGUUGGGAAGCAUGUCAAAAGGCAAAUGGUCAGCCACUUCUCCAUAGGGCUGUGCUGUUCAACCGUCCCCAUAUUGUAAAAGCAAUAUUACAAAACGUUCCUGCUGGUCAGUCAGUGGACACCCUUUUAGAUCAGCAUCACCGCACUGCCCUCCACUAUGCCUAUGCCAUGUCUGAUGGUGACCAUUUAAUUCAACUCCUCAUGAAUGCUGGCUGCUCUGAGCACACACUUGACAGGAAAGGAAUGGAGCCAUUAGACUUCAAGAUGCGUUGUGGGUCACCUGCAAUGGAAUCAUUGCUGAAGCACAUACGCAGCAAGGUCCCUCUUGAAGAGUCAAGGAUAUGGAAUUCUAAAAUGCAUCAUAGAAAAAAUGUGCCAUGUCAAAGGGUCACGGGUUGUAAAUGGCCCUCUACACCACCAAAGCAUGUCCAUGCAAUGGGGUGCCUCUGCCAAGUUGGUCAUGUGCCAAACAAAAAUACAGUGAAGGACCAAAUUGGUACUAGCUGGUGCAUCGCCUUGUAAUAUUAAUAAAUCAUUUUUAUUUGACGAAAGACAAAUGUUUCCUUUGUGCUGA